CGCUCGCCCCUCCCGUCCGGAUUCGGUGCAACUUUGCCCCAGAGCUUUGCUUUGUGCGGGAAGCCGAGACAAGUGCAGCCACACCGAGCCAUCCUGCUUUCCUUGCAGAGCGAGCCCUCCGUCCCCCUGCAGCCCACCAUCAGCCCAGCCUAAUUUACGAGCACCGCAUUGACGCUUCUCCUGCACGUCUUCCGGUUUGGAGCGACAACGAUGCGCACUAGCCGCCGGGGCGUGGAGGAGCGCCGAGCCGGACCCUUGUGGUGAGGUCCGCGCGGCGCCGCGGCUGCGAGGGAUCCCCCCCGGCCUGGGAUCCCCCCCCGCCCCGCCAUGCCAGCCAGGAGGAACCGCUACAACCUGGUGGACGACGUGGCCGACGCCAGGCUGCCGCUGCACAACGAGGAAGCUUACCAGCAUGGCAUCUCCUUCCAAGCCAAGUAUGUGGGGAGCCUGGAUGUGGCCCGGCCCAACAGUCGCAUGGAAAUUGUGGCGGCCAUGAGGAGGAUCCGGUACGAGUUCAAAGCCAAGAACAUCAAGAAGAAGAAGGUGAACAUGGUGGUGUCGGUGGACGGCGUCAAGGUGCUGCUGCGCAAGAAACAGAAGAGGAAAGAGCGGCCGUGGGAUGAGAGCAAGUUGCUCAUUAUGCACGACCCCAUUUACAGGAUUUUCUACGUGUCGCACGACUCGCAAGAUUUAAAGAUCUUCAGCUACAUCGCCAGAGACGGCUCCAGCAAUUGCUUCCGCUGCAACGUGUUCAAAUCCAAAAAGAAGACGCUGGCUAUUCGCAUCGUGCGGACGGUGGGUCAGGCCUUCGAGGUUUGCCACAAGCUGAGCCUGCAGCACGCCGACGGGCAGAGCGAGGAGGACGCUGGAGGAGGACCAGGCGAAGAGGAGGAGGAGGUGGAAGACGACCUGGCGUCCGGCGCCUCGCUCUGCGAACAAACGGUCGGGGACAUCCUGCGCAGUCUGGCUGAGCUUAGCGUGGUCAAAGCGGGCCACACCAUCAUGGACCUUUCCGGAAAGUCCUUGUUGACGGUGACAUCGGUGGCGGCGACUCCCGGCAGCCCGGGCUCGGCGGCAGGCUCGCUGACGUCGCGCCACUACUUGCAGCUCCUUCAGCAGCAGCUACAGCAGCAGCUACAGCAGCAGCAGCAGCACACGCAGGCGGCUGUCGCUCAGGUGCAGCUGCUGAAGGAUCAGAUGGCGGCCGAGAGCGCCGCCCGCAUGGAGGCGCAGGCGCGCUCGCACCAGCUGCUCCUGCAGAACCGCGACCUGCUGCAGCACCUGGCCCUGCUGGUGCAGCAGCUCCAGCAGCUGGAGGCGGGAGCCGGCGCCAGCCAGGAGGCGGAGCUUCCGCCGCCGGAGACGCCGCUCGACGGAUGCGCACACUUGUGUCUCGCAGCGCUUUCCGCUUGGACCAGGCCUCUCUCGCUCAACCUCAAGCAUCGCUGCGGCGACGCCCUGGAGCGGCUCAUCCCGCCGGGCCCGGGGGACGGCCGCCUCGUCCCGGCGGCCGACGGCGGCGCCGCGUCUGACGAGGUGGACCCCGUCGUGAGCAGGAGGGCGUCCAGCGUGGAGGAAAAGUAUCAAGCGCCCGUCCCAAAGCUGGAGCCUCCUCCUCCCUCCCUGAAGCGAGCCAGCCGGACCUUGUCCCCGGGCUCGGUCCAGGACGGCGUCCCGGGCCGCGAAAGCCUCCGCUUCUCCUUCCCGGACGCGACGCCCGGCUCGUUGUCGUCGGCCGACUUCCACUCGCUCAGCAGCUCCUGCUCGGCCAGCGACGACUCGGGCGUGCGCUCCGAGACCAAAUCGCUGCUGUCGCCUCUGCGGGACGACGACCCCUUCGGGGACCGCGGGACUUUCGGGACUCCGGUCCGCAACGGGCAGGAGGAGAACCCGGACUCGACUCAAAGCUGGAACGAGGGCCGGCCGCCCGCCUCGUCCCCCGUCGACGACACCUGCCUUCACAUCAGCUUUUCCGAGGACGAGCUUUUGGACAACUGCCAGGACGAGCACGCCGUCCCGCAACGGAGUUAAAUCGACACCUUUGACGCUUCUCCUGCUUAUUCCGGCCAUUCGUUCCACCGCACGUUCGCACGUGGACGGAUUUCGUAUUUUUCUAAGGAGAACCGACAGCACGCAAGAUCCUCUUUCCAAGGAACCCGCGUAGCACUUGCAUUGCACCACGUUGGCUCCCAUUCGCUCGUUCUUAAAUCGGCGAGACAUUUCGCUGAUUUUUUGGUC